AUGGAGUAUUGCUACGGAAAACGAAUAACCGAAUACGCAGAAAAUGGAGACCUAGAAAGUAUUCGCAAGUUGCUGGAUGCGCAUCCGAAAUUUAAUAAGGGGAAAAUCAGAGAAGCCAUGAAAACAGCAUUGCUCGCAGCGUCCAGGAAGGGACAUCUCAGUAUUGUCAAAAUGUUAGUCGACUACGGAACUAAUGUUUUAGCAAUGGAUGAACUUCGGGUAAUAUUUUGA